AUGACCAGUUUCCAAACUCAUCGUAACACUUCCAUGGGAAGUAGCCGAAUUCCAGCUAGCACCGCAAUGGUUUCUUCUCAAACUUGUGGCAACACCACGGGCAUCAACAAUCAGAAUCAAGUACCACCAAAAGGAAUAAAAAAGAGAGUUAAAGAUGUCCAAACACCAAGUGGAAAAAAAGAUUGGGGUAUAGAAGAAGAAGAAGCUUUGACAAACGCAUGGUUGAAUGUGUCAUUGGACCCUAUUGUGGGUAACAAUCAAAAAGCUACUGCCAUGUGGGUUCGCAUCCAUCAAGUACGGAAGGAAAACAUGGGGCCUGCAUGCAAAUAUCUUAGAUCGUCUAAUAGUUUACAAUGCCAUUGGUCCAUAAUACAUGCAGCGGUAAACAACUUUGCAGGACAUUAUUCUAAACUAGAGAGGCAUCCUCAGAGUGGUACAAACUCAAAUGACUUGAUUCACAAGGCGCUGGGUAUGUACGAGGAUAUAGAAGGUAGCAAAUUCAAAUGGGUUCAUUGCUGGGAAAUAAUGAAUAAAAAUCCGAAAUGGCAGUCGAAGCAUGAUAAGAACAUUACACCAGAGAGACAAGCGGAUGAUGAAAAAAAGUCUCCUACGUCGGAAGAGUCUUUGUUGAAUAUCAUUGAUGAUAACAUAUCACCUGAAGGUAAUAAGUGUGAUGGUGUGGGACGACCAACGGGAAGAAAAAAUAGUAAGGAAAAGAAAAGAAAAUUGCAUGAUGAAAAAGGUGUGGUAGAUGCAUUAAACCAGUUGCAGUCCACUUUGGCAAAGCAGAUUAGUAUCAAUGAAAAAACUUUAGAGAUGCGAAAGAAAAAUGAAGAAGAAAAUAUCAAGUUGAAAAGGCACGCACUAAACAGGGAGAUGGAAAUGAAGAUGAAGGAACAAAGGAGAAAACGACAAGAACGGGUAAUGAAUCAGGAUUUAAGUAAGCUUACACCUGUAGCUAGGGAUGCAUAUGAAGCCAUGCAAGCCAAGAUUUUGAAAGAAUGGGAAAAAGAUGAUAUAUUUGAAACUGAUAUGGCAAACUCACAGGGUUUUGAGGAUUCAGCAGAAGGCUUGGACUAA